UCUUCGACUCAUAAAAUCGUCCAUCGUUUCUGUAUCGAUUGCACUUGCUUCUAUUUUAGCAUCGGCUUUGGCCAUGGCGACGAAGACAUCAUCGGGGUGUGCUGUCAUCGGAGUUGGCGUUCUAGGUACCAGUUUAUGCCAACAGAUCUUGUCUGCGCCUGAGUUUGAUGGAAUCAAGCUUACAGGCAUUACAAAAACUACCACCAAUCACAACGCGAUCCGAGAAAAAGUCGGAAUGGAUAGCGAAGAUCGUUUCCAGCUAUUGACCACAGAUGAAUGUGAAGGAACGGAAACCAAAUUCAAGCAUAUCGUGUUUUGUGCGCCGCCUUCGGGUUCUGAAGACUACCCAGCCGACGUACGGAAAUCCGCCGAUACGCUAUGGGCAGGACCGGAAGAAGGGGGCGUUUUCGUGUUUACCUCCAGCGGUGCAGUAUACGGACCUGGGGAUUCUAGAACAGUAUCAGAAACAUCCGAUAUUGCUGAUCCUGAAUCGAGUGUACGAGUCGGACGCCUCGUGAAGGCCGAAAAGGCUGCUCUAGACGCUGGCGGAUGCGUGUUGCGGUUGGCUGGUCUCUACAAUUUAGAUCGCGGCGCUCACAAUUUUUGGUUGACCAGCGGGAAGCCAAUAUCCGGGCUACCCGAAGGCAUCAUCAAUCUACUGCAUUACGAGGAUGCCGCAAGUGCCUGUCUAUCGGCGCUCAAAGCUGGCUCCAGCGUCUGCGAAGGUCGAGCCUUUAUAAUCAGUGAUGGUCAUCCUCUCACACGAAAACAAAUCUGCGAAAGCGCGCUGCAAGCAAAAACCUAUAAAGAUUGUGCAAUGCCUACAUUUGCAUCCGAAAAUUUGAAUGGCAUGGCCUUGGGGAAGGUGUACGAUGGAUCCUCAAGUAACAAGGCGUUAGAGUGGUCUCCGCGCUUUGAAUCCUUUGACACAUUUAUGAACAGCAUGGCCUAA